GUAACCAAGCCCCCUACGGGAGAUACCGGGAGGCUGUCGCCAGUUUGUCCACAGUCAGUCCCUGUCACCGGAGGAUCCGAACGGAGGAAGGUCGACGCGAAUAAUGCGAGCAGCCCAGUAACGUGGAGUGGAGACCAACAGAACCGCCGCCGGCCGUGAUUUUGAAGUCAGACCCCCCCACACCCCCCCCCCAAAAACAAAAAAACAAAAACGCUUCCAUUGCAGUCCACGUCUGAGAGACUCAUAGGUGCGGCGGAGGCUACGUGGUGUCGUUCCGUGGAGCAAUACGAGAGGAGUCGAGAUUUUAAAUGUUCUAACAGUACCGCGCCGCUUUGAGAGCGCACGAGAGAGGCGAAGGAGUGCAAAAACCGGGAUUUGCAACCAAUUCCCAGCCUUUUUCAUUCCCAUUCGAUUCCGGUCACGCUAUCAAGCUGUGUUCUUUAACCAUGGGAUGUACUUUGAGCGCAGAGGAGAGGGCGGCUCUGGACCGGAGCAAAGCCAUCGAGAAGAACCUCAAGGAAGACGGCCUCACCGCGGCCAAAGAUGUCAAGCUGUUGCUGCUCGGGGCUGGAGAGUCAGGGAAAAGCACCAUCGUGAAACAGAUGAAGAUCAUCCACGAGGAUGGUUUCUCUGGUGAUGAUGUAAAGCAGUACAAGCCUGUUGUUUACAGCAACACCAUCCAAUCUCUGGCUGCCAUCGUCCGUGCCAUGGAUACACUGGGCCUUGAGUAUGGAGAUAAAGAGAGGAAGGCGGAUGCCAAGAUGGUAUGUGAUGUGGUUAGUCGUAUGGAGGACACAGAGCCUUACUCCACCGAGCUGCUGUCCUCCAUGAUGCGUCUCUGGUCCGACUCGGGGAUCCAGGAAUGCUUCAGCCGGGCUCGGGAGUACCAGCUCAACGAUUCAGCGCAGUACUACCUAGACAGCCUAGAUCGGAUUGGCGCUGCAGACUACCAGCCAACAGAGCAGGACAUUUUGAGGACCCGGGUGAAGACUACGGGCAUUGUGGAGACACACUUUACCUUCAAAAACCUCCACUUCAGGCUGUUUGAUGUCGGAGGCCAGAGGUCAGAGAGGAAGAAGUGGAUCCAUUGUUUUGAGGACGUCACUGCCAUAAUUUUUUGCGUGGCACUCAGUGGAUACGACCAGGUGUUGCACGAGGAUGAGACCACGAAUCGCAUGCAUGAGUCUUUGAUGCUCUUUGACUCAAUCUGCAACAACAAAUUCUUCAUCGACACCUCCAUCAUCCUCUUCCUCAACAAGAAAGAUUUGUUUGCAGAAAAGAUAAAGAAGUCGGCGCUCAGCAUCUGUUUCCCUGAGUACACAGGACCAAACACCUAUGAGGAUGCAGCAGCUUACAUCCAAGCACAGUUUGAGAGCAAGAAUCGCUCCCCAAAUAAGGAAAUCUACUGUCACAUGACCUGCGCCACAGAUACAGGGAACAUCCAGGUUGUGUUUGAUGCCGUGACCGAUAUCAUCAUCGCCAACAACCUCCGAGGAUGUGGCUUGUACUAAGCACCCCCAUGUAACAUCCCCACUCACCCGCUCCUUCCUUUCUCCUAACUGUCCUCUUCCACCUCGUCCUCCUCCUCAUCCCUAUUCCUCUGACACUGCUGUGGAAAUGAUGGUGUUUAUUUAAAAAAUAAUAAUUAUAAAGAGAAAAAUACAAUACGGAAGCGUAUUGCAUUCACUUGGAUAAAAAAAAAAAAAUAAAUAACUGUUUUUAUGAGUAAUGUUUUUGAGGGCUUUGUUUUUCUGACUUUUUUUCUGUUUUUCGGACACAUUUUUUUUCCACCUGUUUUUCUGACUAUUUUUUUCUGUUUUUCGGACAUUUUUUUUCCACCUGUUUUUCUGACUAUUUUUUUCUGUUUUUCGAACAAAUUUUUUUUCCACCUGUUUUUCUGACUAUUUUUUUUCUGUUUUUCGGACUCAUUUUUUCCACCUGUUUUUCUGACUAUUUUUUUUCUGUUUUUCGGACAAAUUUUUUUCCACCUGUUUUUCUGACUAUUUUUUUUCUGAGUUAUCACGCGAGAACCUGCGAACUGCAAGUGACUCUUUGCGGACUCACUAAUGGCGGAUUACUGCUCGCACACCUUCAACCUGCCCAUACGUGUUUACAUUACCGCUUCAAUUAAGGUAAGUCACAUAAUGAAAAUAAAAAAAUCGUCAGAAAAACAGGUGGAAAAAAAUAGUCCGAAAAACAGAAAGAAAAUGGUCAAAAAACAGGUGGAAAAAGAAUUUGUCCGAAAAACAGAAACAAAUAGUCAGAAAAACAGGUGGAAAAAAUGUGUCCGAAAAACAGAAAAGAAAAUAGUCAAAAAAAACAGGUGGAAAAAAAAUUUGACCGAAAAACAGAAAAAAAUAGUCAGAAAAACAAAACCCUCAAAACAAUUACUCAGAAAAACAGGAGUUUUUUUUUUUAUCCAAGUGAAUGCAAUACGCUUCCGUAAUACAACUAGGUACAUUAAUAUUAAUGAGAAUAAUUAUAUAUAAAAUGCUAGGCAUACACACACACACACACACACACACACAUAUAUAUAUAUAUAUAUAUAUAUAUAUAUAUAUAUAUAUAUAUAUAUAUAUAUAUAUAUAUAUAUAUAAUAUGUAAUGUUUUUAGAUUUUGGCCCUUGCUGUGGCUUCUCCCCUGAUGCUCUCUGGCUUGCUGCCAAACAAAUAAACAACGAAAUGUGUUUUAGAAGGAAACACAAAACUCUGCAGCCUUGAAAACUUGAGAACAAAGUUGAUGAAAGUCUCUGUUCUAAUCUAAUUUUCCUUUCCAGUGUUGUCUUUGUUGCUAACGAAAUAUCUUUUUUUAUUACCUUGGAUAUGAAUUGUGUUUUAUUUUUGUUGAUUUUGUCUAUAUUUAUUACAUCAGCCUGUACACAGAUUUGUAUUCACAUUUUGUCUCACCUGACACAUAUGUUGUAUAUUAUUAUGUUUCUUGAUACAGUAGUGUUUAUGCAGGAACAAUUUUGAAUAAAUAUGUGAAAAUGUCUAUCACUUAAAGAAUAUUGAACAGGUCGGCCAAUCAAAACCUUUGAAAAACACUCAAGACCUGCUGAAACUGUCAAACACAGAUUAAUUUAACAUUUGUCUUUUGUUUACAUUAUCAGAGACACUUUGGAGCCCUUAAUUGCACAUUUCCUUUUCAAAUUGUAUGACUUUACUGUUCCACAAAGAGUCCUGACAUAGACAGGAAGUGAGGCGUUCUCUUUCUUUAGCUGGCUUUCGCCUGACAGCCAAUGGUGACACAUGGCGGUACUGUACUGUAGAUAGCAAUGCCUUUAGAAGUGAGUACACGUUAUAACUACCUUUCUCACUAUUAUAACCUCUACUAAUAUUCUCGGUGUGCGGAAGUUCGCUCCUGGUUUGAAAACUGUUGAUUAAUUUAUUAACUUAUUUAUUGAUGAUCACAUCCUGUCUCAGACAUACUUUUACAGUAUAUAUCAGAGCCUCUGUUUCUCUACAUUUACAGUAUAAACCGUCAUGCCUUUACGUCUCUCAGCGCCAUCCAUGCAUGGCACCCUCGCAUCCGGCUAUUGUUGGAGGUGGGGCAGGGGGUGAGAUUGUCAUAAGGGGUCAAAAGCCCUCGCUCCCUCCAUCCUCCUGUCAAAGCCCUUGACAAGGAUAGCAUGACAUUACUGAAACCGUUGUAUAAAGUGACCAGUUACUCCAAAACCGGAAGAAGAAGAAAAAAGAUCCACCUAGAUAUUGUUGGUAUUUUUUUAAAAAGUCAUAAAAAUGGAAAAACAAAUAAAAGCACUUUAAAAAAAAUAAAUCAAUCAAUCAAUCAAUCAAAUGGCAAGAUGAGAGCCGUAAUUGAAAGGAGAGAGAUAGUUGUGAAUAUUCUCAUUCCAGGCAUUGAAUCGAUAGCAACUUGACUGCUUUGGUUGUGUUAGAAAUCAAGUUAAGUUUAUUUGUACAGCCCUUAAUUACAAAAGAGUCUCAAAAGGCUUUGAAGAUGUUUGGUGGUCACGCCACUUGAGAGCCAAAAGUGGCCACAGGUGUCUACUUUCAGUUGCCUCGACCACCAUUGUUACAACCAAAUGGAAUAUUAACGAGAGUGAUAAAUAGUUGUGUUUCCACACCAAUACUCAGGCUAAAGCUGUCUUAUCUACCCAAUGCGCAUGAACUGAUUAUAGCCUGUUUGGAUGAGAGGCAAAUGUUUUCUAAGACAACCACAACACUCUAGUUGCGAUCGAUCCUAUGUCCUGAGAAGGAGAGAGAUGGUUUCUUCUUGAAUGCAUCCAACUACUGUUUAAUCAAGUAUGACAAUUAAGGUUUUGAAAAUUGAAUGGUUCUGUUUGACGCUGUUGGAACGAUACAAGCAUAGAUUUUGGAAUUCUUGUAGUAACAUCAAUGUAAAACUGUUUUAAAAAAAAAAAAAAAAAAAAAAUCAACAUUUUGAAAAUCACACCUUGGACAAUAAUGGAAUCACAGAAAUUAACAUGGGUAUUACAUACCCAUCACGAGGAUCCUGUAAAAUUCUACAAUAUUUCCUGUGCUUUGUAGCUACAGAACGUUUUUUUCCUCUAGUUAUAUCCCUUUUGUAAAAUAAACUAUGUUUUGCAAUUGUUUCCAGAUAGACAGCAAGCUGAUUUGGAGCCGCAGUGUUCCCAAAGGACAAUGUGUUGUAAUGCUUUGAAAUGUGCCCCACCUCCCUCUCUCUUGUUACUGUUUUGCCUGUUUCCCUGCAUUAUCACUUUAGCCGGACUCAAAAUGAUUCAAUUAUAUUAUAACAAUAUCUAUUUUUUAUUAUUUCAGACAAAUAAAACAGUUACUUGGG